AGUUAACAAUCGCUUUUCUUGCCGAUAUUAUCUACGUAUUGCUUCUAGCUGCGUAAAACGCAAGGGGGCUUUUUGUUGUUGGAUUGAGUUGUGAUAACGAAUUGUGUGAUUUUGCUGGUGGACGUCAUACCGCAGUUGUAACUGACAAUGGCGAUUGAAGUUGUAUCCCUCACGGAGGCGAACAUCCCCGAAGCGAUCGAAAUCAUUCAAACUGCAUUCGCAGAAGAUCCUUAUUUCGAGUGGGUUUUUGAUUCUUGUAAUUUUAAUAAACAAAGGAAUUCUGACUCCCUCGCUGUGCGAUGUCUCUGGGGGAUUAACAAUGCGAUCUUUCAAGUCGCGAGAGAGACGGAUGCGACGGGCGAAUCGCGGAUUGUGGGUGUGUCAUGCUGGCUGCCACCGCAUUCGCCCCACGAGCCGGAAAGCUGGUACAGCUGGUACCAGGGGUGGGUGCUCUCGUGGCGACAGAUGCUAAACAAUGUGUGGCAUUGGGGUCGGGGUGGGCUGAAGACGAAUCGGUAUUGGAUCUGGAAGGACCGGCAGCAUGAGGCGCAGAGCCAGAUCUGGGAUGAUCCCAAGGGGUAUUAUUUCUGCAACAUUGUGGCUGUUCGUCCGGGGGUUCAGGGCCAGGGCAUUGGGCGGAAGCUCUUUGAGGCUGUGACGGAUCGGGCGGAUCAGGAGGGUGUCAAGUGUUAUUUGGAGAGUUCGAGGAAUGUGCCUAAUGUGCAGAUCUAUGAGAAGAUGGGGUUUGCGAUGAAGAAGGAGAUGGAGUGUCGGGAUGGAGAGGAUGUGUGCAUGCUGUACUGCAUGGUUCGCGAACCCAAGUCCAAACACUGAGGGGUGGGAAUGAUUCUAGAAGCCGGAUGGAUGUAACAGGGUUGGGGAUGGUGCGGCAGUGAGACGAACGCCCGGCACGUGGAAGAGUUGAAUCAAUC